AUGGCUUCGCUGCCACCAGUCGACCUGUCCCAUUCCCAUCGGAAGCGCAAGAGGAGGCGGAGGCACGACAAACCAGCCAUUGCCGCACGCCUCGUUCUCGACGACCAUGUCAAGGGCGACGUUGGGAUAUUGUCCGAAGACCUGUUUGCCGACCUCUUCCCCCACUUGAACUACGAACCCCGACAUGACGAAGAUGGCCCCCUUGUCCCCGACGUGCUCCACGUUGCUCUGGCCCCAUGGGCACCCAAUGCCUCUGCUGAGACCACGAACUGGACCAUAGUUCCUGUGACCCAGUCUUCCGCCCUUGCACAUUCGACCCUCCAGUUCUCUCCCUCCUCCCUGGCCCUCCAGAGCUUUGCGACCACCCUCCAACAAGUUGCACCAUCCAAGCUGUCCAGCCACAGCCGAAGCGGAAUUGAGAUAUUGGUUCUGGAUGUGGUGGCCCUGUCACUGGAUACUGUCUUCGUGAGCCUCGAGGGUGAGCUUGCUAAGAGGUUGGAAGACGGAGAGGGAACUUUCUUCCGAGACCAUCCUGAUGCUACCUCUGCCCAUUUCAAAGGCAAGGGUACUGCAGCAGAAUCGUCUCCGGAUGGUCGCCUGAAGGCUGCUAUACGCAUUGCCCUGGGCACGUUGAAAGUUGUCCAUGCUGGAGACCUGUUCCCACUGCCUCUGCCACCCCACGCCAUCACCCAUGUGCCCCCGAACCCGGGCAAGGUUACGCUUUGCGAGCCCGUCGCUCAAGGAAUACUUUCCCCUUCGACCAAGAUCGUCGUGUCCAGGGGCCGUACUCACUCCAAGGAUAGCCGUACUCCUUCCGCCAUGUCUUCCUCGCAGAAGCUCAAUGGCGUCGCCGAGGAUGACGACGACACUGCGAAUGACCAGUUCUACUCAGCUGCGGAGGAGCGUUACAGGACGGGGGCCGAAACUCAGACCGAAGAAUCUGAUGUUAUUACGGAGACUGAAGAGUCAGAGCUUUCUUUAGACGAGCACGAUGAUCUGUCAGACGAUUCGAUGGACGACUUAAUAUCCCUCCAGGCCCCGGCCUUGCCUGCAACGGCUGCCAGCGGUAUGUCGACAAUAGCUGCCGGCACGCCAAUGACGCUGGGACGUGGACGGAAGACAAAUGGUGUCAGCACGCCUGGCUCAGUCUUCUCGACCUUCACUGCCACUACUGCCAGACUCGAUCGACCUCGUGGGCGCCUUUUCAAAGCACAGGGUCUCAUGAAACCCAUUCCCCCGGAGCUUCUGCAUCCGAAAGUUGUCCCGGCGGACGAUGAGGAGGCACGUGUAUAUGUCGACAUCAGCAAUUUGACAAGAAUCGGCUGUUUCUCUGGCGACUGGGUGAGAUUGGAACCUGCCCAGGAGCCACCUGCGAAUGGCUUUGGUCAGUUUGGCCUCGGAAGCUUUGGUGAUCUAGGUCAGGAUGAGCCAGACUGGCGACCUGUCAGAGUUUUCGGACUGCCAGAAGGGUACUCGCAGCGACCUGUGACGAGAAUUGCACACUCCAAAAAUGAGGAAAGACGACCUUCCUUCUUUGAGUCGCAAUUGCAAAGACCGUCAAGUCCUGCGGUAUAUGUUUCACCAGUCUUGCUGGCGAAUCUUGACGCUCCACCCUAUCUGCGCAUAGCACCUUUGAAGAGGGGGUCACCAGUCUUAGCGAAAAACCCUUUGUCCAAGUUGACUGGCUCAUCCCAGCCACCAUACGCACGCGAGGUCACUUUGCGGCAUGUUCGAACCCCCAAGUCGGUGGAGAGAGAUGUGCAAGUAGCUGUCAUGGCUGGCGUCAAGUGCUAUUUCGAGAAGAAGACAAGGAUAGUCAAGAGUGGCGACUUGAUCGCAUUUCCUAUCGAUACGCAGCUCGGAAGGACACUCCAGGACUCCGGCACGGAUAAUAUCGCUGUUGAUGACAUCUUGUCUUUGGCGGCAUCAAAUUCAACAAAUCGAAGACAGAGUCUCAAAUUUGACGAGGUGGUCUGGUUCAAGGUCACCCAUAUCGUCUCUUCGAAACGGGAAGGCCACGAGGAAGAGCCUGAAGAGGAUACAUGGGGCUCCGUCGCAUGUAUUGAUGUAUCCAUGACACUUUUGCGGCAAACAGGUUCAGUGACCAGCCGCAUACCGGGUGUUAAGGACAGUACUUGGAGGUAUUACCUCGGCCUGAGAAAGCCGCCAGAUCGGGCUUUGCAGCAUAUGCCCCUGGCAAUUAUGGAACCAGAGCGCCCACAGGUCUCACCCAUACGAAAACGUUUGCGUGAACUUCUAUCCGCAGCGACUAGCCAGAGGGCGAUACAACUAAAGAUGCCACCAUUGGCGAUUUUGCUGGUCUCCACGCAGAGGAACAUUGGGAAGGCCAGUGUUGCAGGCGAUGCAUGUCUCGACAUUGGUCUUCACACUUUUGUGUUAGAUGCGUAUGAUAUCGUAAACGACGCAGGCUCAGGAGGCAGCGAUGUGAAAACUGAAGGCUUCUUGAAGAGCCGAGCCGAGCGGGCCAUGAGCUGCGGCCCUGAAUCUUGCUGUCUACUGAUCAGACACAUAGAGGCUCUUACCGCUGACAGGAUGGUGUCGUCAAUGAAAGAGAUCUUGGCCGAUGCCAGGGUAGUCAUCGCUACAACGACCGAAGUGGACAAGGUACCCGAUGGCGUCAGAGGACUGUUUACCCACGAGCUCGAAAUGAGAGCGCCAGACGAAGGCGAGCGAGAAGUAAUAUUGAGAAGCGUCAUAGAUGAUCGAGGCAUUUCUCUUGGCCCCGAUGUCGACUUGGGCAGCGUCGCACUCAAGACCGCUGCUUUAGUCGCGGGUGAUCUAGUCGAUGUUGUCGACCGAGCCUUGAUUGCCCAGAGGUCACGCCUCGAGAAGCUCACCUCCCAAGCGACGGAUACAAACACCAAGCUGACCGUCCGCGACAUACAAGUCGCCGGCGGCCCAUCCUCACGCGGUCUCACACCAGCUGAUUUCGACAUCGCCGUGGAGGCUGCGCGCAAGAAUUUUGCAGACGCCAUUGGAGCACCCAAGAUCCCGAACGUGACAUGGGAUGAUGUUGGCGGUCUAGAAAACGUCAAAGAUACCGUUUCGGAAACCAUUCAAUUGCCUCUCGAGAGGCCCGAGCUGUUCGCCAAAGGCAUGAAGAAGCGCAGUGGCAUCCUAUUCUACGGACCGCCAGGCACGGGCAAGACGUUGCUUGCCAAGGCUAUCGCAACUGAAUACAGCCUCAACUUCUUCAGUGUAAAGGGUCCCGAGCUGCUGAAUAUGUACAUCGGUGAGUCGGAAGCCAAUGUCCGACGGGUUUUCCAGAGGGCAAGGGAUGCCCGGCCGUGUGUAGUGUUCUUCGAUGAGCUGGACUCCGUGGCGCCGAAAAGAGGUAACCAAGGAGACAGUGGUGGUGUCAUGGACCGCAUUGUGAGCCAGCUCCUGGCUGAAUUGGAUGGAAUGUCGAGCGGCGAGGACAGUGCUGGAGGCGUGUUUGUCAUCGGUGCCACCAACCGGCCGGAUCUAUUGGACUCGGCACUGCUGAGACCUGGUCGAUUCGACAAGAUGCUGUACUUAGGGGUGUCGGACACCCACGACAAGCAGCUGAGGAUCUUGGAGGCACUGACGCGAAAAUUUACGCUCCAUCCAACAGUCACCCUGCGCGCUGUCGCCGAGAAGCUCCCGUUUACCUACACAGGCGCAGACUUCUACGCGCUAUGCAGCGACGCCAUGCUCAAGGCUGUGACGAGACAGGCCGGCAAGGUGGACGCCAAGAUCACAGCCCUCAACGCCGAGGCGGCGGCUGAGGGCAGGAAGCAAACCAUCUCGACGGCCAACUUCUUCGACCACCACGCCACGCCGCAGGAUGUCGCCGUGAUGGUGACCGAGGAGGACUUCAUGGACGCACACAGGGAGCUGAUCCCCAGCGUGAGCGCGGGCGAGCUGGCACACUACGAGCGGGUCAGAGCCACUUUCGAGGGCGGCCGGGAGUCCAAUGGUGGGGCGAACACGACUGCAGAAAAGCCAAAGCCUGCGCCGCUCGCCCUCGGGCAAAGGACGGUGUCGGCGUCCUCGCCGCGCAGUGCAAGAGGGAAGGCCAAGUCGAUGGCUACUGGAAAGGGGAAGGGUAAAGCCGUCGCCACAGGCAGUGACGGCGAAGAUGCCGAGUACGAGGAUGACUAUGGGGUCGAAGCCGAAGAGGAUGAAGGAGGCGGGGCGAAUGGCGUCAGCAAGAACAAGGGGAAGGGAAAGGCGGUUGCUGGGUUCCAAGACGGGACGGCCAGUGAUGACGAGGGAUUGUAUGACUGA